AUUACUUAUAUAAAUGUAAAUCAUGUAUAGUUGUCCGCAAAUAUCAAAUUUUAUUACGCAUAAAGCGAUUACGUUCUUUCUCAGAAAUGUUUGUCCCCCUUUGACUGGAAUGGUCCGAUCCUUCCUCAGGCGUUUGACCAGGUUCUGUUCCCUGAUCAGUUUCUGCUGUCCUAAUCCUGUUUCUGUUAUAUAUUGACAGAAAGCCCAACAGCUUCCAGAUCAGCUGUGAAACGUUACCGUGUAUACGUGAUAUAUGUGAAAGAUGUGGGGACAACAAACUAAUGGCUGUCCUCGAUUCCGUUUCUUUGGUCGAUGUUUUUCCUUUCUAAGUUUUAUAUACAUUCACACGCGCACGCGCUGUCCCUGCCGGGAUAUUAAAUCCACAACAGAAGGAAGAACUCGUAUUUUUUGUUUUGUUUCACAAACAUUACAAGGAUUUCCUCUAAAUAAAAUCGUGUGCAUAGUUUAUUAAUUGUAUUUUGGAGGAAUAACACUUAUAUAUAAACGCUUGGAUAUGAACUUAUGAACCACACUAGUGCACUGACAUAGAGGGAAAGAAAUGCAAACACACAGACACACAUGUUUCUUUGUGCUGGAAUAAGUGACUUUUGCCAUCCGACCAGCCUCGGAAAACCUUUAAAUAAAAAAGGAGGAACGGGCACUUCCCCAAAUACCAAUGACGAAUUAAAGUACCGCCUUUCUGCCAUACAUCCACCUCGAGCUUUACGAAACGUAUGAAAGAUUGAAGAAGGGCGGACAUGAAUAAAUAAAUACAUGAAUGUGAAUAAAUACAUGAAUGUGAAUAAAUACAUUCACUGCUUCAAUGACUAUGCGAUAGAUCGAUUGAUAGAUAGAUACAAGAUGGGACUUCAAGCGCUCUAUAUAUACAAAACUCCGCCCCCUAACAUACGUCAUAUGAUUGACAGGUCGAGCUGCGCUUGGACGGACAAGAAGCACCUUUGACGUUUUAUAUCGUCUAUAACUAUUGUAACAUAUACAGCAACACUCAUCGCAUCUAUUUAAAUCGUGACGUUUAACAUUUUUCGACAUUUUUUGCCAUUAUCGUUAGUAUUCGUCUACAGCACUACAUUAAUAUACAGUAGAGGGCGCUAAAGUGUCGCACACUUGUGAGAACAGCGCGAUGCGAGGAACACGAGGAGGCGGAGCUUCACUAUCCCCUCAACCACAACAAAGAUGGAGGCGCUUAACGACCGCUAGACUGUCCAUUUUCAUCGCGUCGCGCUCAAACCGGCUUUGAACAGAAUAUGGACGCGUCGAGUCUAGCAGAGGAGAGCGCCGAGAAACGCGUUUGCAUCGUCGGCUCCGAGCCGGUGGAGAAUUACACGGUUUACAUCAUUGAAGUGAAGGUUGGAGAUCACAGCUGGACUGUCAAACACCGCUACAGCGACUUUCACGAUUUGCACGAGAAACUCACCGCGGAGAAGAAGAUAGAUAAACAUCUGUUGCCACCCAAAAAGAUCAUCGGCAAGAAUUCCAAAAGCCUGGUGGAGAAGAGACAGAAAGAGCUAGAGGUUUAUCUGCAGACUCUGCUGAACAGAUUCCCGUCCGCGACCCCCAAAGUGCUUUCCAUCUUCCUGCACUAUCACUUAUACGAAAUCAAUGGAAUUGCUGCUGGCUUGGCGGAAGAGUUGUUUCACAAGGGUGAGCAGCUGUUAGCCGCAGGCGAGGUGUUUCUCCUGAGACCCCUGCAGCUCUACGCCAUCACCCAGCAACUAAAACUCGCCAAGCCCUCCUGUGCCAACAGAGAUGCCAAGGCCGACCUCGGGCACAUCCUGGACUUCACCUGCCGCCUCAAAUAUCUCAAGAUCCCUGGAAUGAAAGGAGCGGUGGGUACGAGUAACAUUGAGGAGCAGAGCCUCCAGUUCGACCUCUCCAUCUUUAAAGCGCUGCUGCAGAUAGAAAUCAAUGAUUGUGACGCUGGACAGAUCAAAGGUCUGCCUUCUCUGAGACCCACGCUGGCCACUCUCAGCAUUCACCUGUCAACCAACAGCAUGAAGGAAAUCGUAGUUCCGGAAGCGACAGAGUUUGCGCAGUGGGAGCCGGAGGGUGUUGAUACGGAUUGUCCGGUGACGGCGAUCAUUCCCAAAUGGAAGAUGCUCACCACUCUCGACAUGAGCCAAAACUUUAUUUGCUGCACCGACGAAUCAGUGAAACUGAUCCCUGCUGUUGAAUUCCUUGAUCUCAGCCACAAUGAGUUAACUUCAUUGGAAAACCUUCAGCAUUUAUACAACUUGGUUCAUCUGAAUUUGUCCUUCAACAAACUCACAGUCCUGGAGGGGGUCCACACGAAACUCGGUAACAUCAAGACUCUCAUUCUGGCUGGAAAUCAGAUGGAAACCCUCUCUGGACUCAGCAAACUUUACUCUUUAGUUAACUUGGAUUUAAGCAGCAACAAAUUAGGCCAGCUGGAUGAAAUUAAACACAUCAGCGGUCUUCCCUGUCUGGAAAAACUGGCUUUGGCCAAUAACCCCAUGUGUAUCAUACCAGACUACAGAACUAAAAUUCUAGCUCAGUUCUGCGACCGGGCCUCGGAGGUGUGUUUGGAUGGCACGACCACCACGGAGAAAGAGUUUGAUACUGUUGAGGUCCUGAAAGCCAUUCAGAAAGCCAAAGAAGCCAAAGGCCGCAUGGCAAACAAUGAGAAAAAGGUGAGUGACGUCCCGGGGCCGGCCGCGGGUGGUCCGCAGUCGUCGUCCUCCUCUCCCUCUCUGUCCCGCUCCACCUGCUCCAGUCAAGAAGUAACUUGUAAAGAGAAAUCGUUUUUUACCAAAGAGAUAUUAACUCCUGUGGAUUCUACAAUUACCCAGAGAUGCUAUGAUGUUUAUAAUAAAACCUGUGAUGUCGUCCCGCAGGAAAAAAAUGAUUCCUGUUUGUCCUCAGACGUCCCGAGUGAGAGAGUCAGUCCCUGUUGCUUUGAGGAGAUCUGGCAACCCUGGACCACAAGUCUUUUCAAUCUCCUCCUGCCUCCUUCAUUACUUCUCUACAACACCACCAACCAAGAGUUCGCCGGCCAACUUUUUGCUCUCAUCCAUUCUUCUAACAAAGAAAAGUCAACCCCGAAACCACACAACACCACUUCUUCAGAUGAUACAGAUCAGGACAGUCUUCACUCGGGAGAUGGAUACUUUGAAAUGAGUUUGGAUGAUAGUGAAGAAAUCAUGGGCUGUUCCUCAUCAUCAACCGUUCGUGAUGAUGUUAAGAAGGACAAUUUAAAUAUGCUGGUUUGGUGUUUUUGCAUCAGCGUUGGAGAAGGUUUGAGUCAGCGGCCAUCUUGUUUAGUGGCGACGGACAGCUCACUUGUGCUUUUCAGUGUACGGAUACAAUUAGAAGAACCAGCGAGCACCUCGGAGGAGCUUAUGAAGCACCUUGAGAAAGACUUUGUCGUGUCGUACGCUGACGUCGAGACCUUUCGGUUUGAAGUUCCAGACAUUUGCGUCUCCUUAAAGGUGAAGUCCAGCAAUACGCGAUGGUGGAUCUUUUCAGACGCCCAGAGUCUGAUGGAACUUCACUCUUGCGUUGGUCCUCACGUGAACCAAACUAAUGUUGUUACCUCUAACGCUCAACAGUUCAUCCGACAGUUUCUCAACUCGUGGGAUUUUGAGGAAAACGAGGCAUGUGUUAAAGGCGGACACUUGAUCCAUUUCUUCAACACCGAUUCCAUGUCUACCUCCAUUAACAACCCAAGAAUCCCCUCUGAUGUUUUAUCUCAAAUCGGCCUUUUUGAAAGCGAGAAAGACCCAACCUCCGAUCCCAUGAUCCUCUUCCUGACCUCUCGCCACCUCUGCGUUCUCAAAGUCGACUUCGUCACCCUGGCGGGUCGGGACCCCUCGGAGGCGAACGCGGUGCGUGGCUGCUCCAAAAUGACCAGGAUCCCGCUUUCCUUCACACUCCUCAAGCCCAAGCAGGGUUGCUCGUGUAAGGGCGUCUCAACUUCUCAUGGUUUCCACAGCGACCAUAUCGUAGAGUUAAUGGCAGGUCACGAACACCUGACUGUCGUUUUCGCCCUGUCCCAAGACAAACCCGCCUUUCUUCAAGAGUUCAGCCGGCUGCGUGGAAACCUGAGAGAAAUUAAGACCAUCGCCCUACAGCGCAACAGUCGUCUCGAGCCCUCAACAACGUCCCAAAGAAAUCCAAACACCAACGUUACUCGUGAAGCGUCACAGCCUCAUCUGUCUCUAUCUCUGCUGUAUCCCGCCAAAUCCCUCACUCAACAACUGACCGAAGAUAACCAGUGUCCCUCACACUUCACGCUCUCCUCUUCAUUACGUUUCAUCUCGUCUCUGAAUGGGGAGCAGCUUGUACACUUCUUUCAUGACAACAUCGCAGAGGUGGAGAACGAGGAGCUGAAGAUGAUUCUGUGGACCUCAGUGCUCUUCUACAGAUCUCCAGAUGUGGAGAUAACCGCCUGUGUCCUGCUGUCCACCAGAGCCGUCUAUCUCAUCCUGGACGAUUCGGCAGCAAUGCUCGCCAUCCAUUCCAUGAUGUGGACCUGGCAACCAUCUGAGCAGAAGGACUCGGACAUUAUCAUCUCCUACAGCUUCACUCUCAAACUGAAGGACCUUCAGAGCGUCAACGUGGGCCUGUUUGAUCAGUAUUUCAGAAUCGUGGGGCCGUCUGCCGAUCACAUCAUCACCUGUCUGACCCGUGACAGUUACAGUACACACCGGUUCCUCCAGCAGCUGAUGACCGUUCUGUCUCUGCUGGAGAAGGUUCCCUCACCUGAGCCUUCUGAGAUGGACUUCUACUCGCAGUUCGGAAACAAAAGCACAGGUAAAAUGGAGAACUAUGAACUGGUCCACUCCAGCAAAGUCAAGUUUGUGUACCCCAGCGAAGAAGAGAUCGGAGACCUGACCUUCAUCGUGGCCGAAAGGAAGAGCCCUCAACCUCAAUCCCACUCCUUCAACAUCCUUCUCUACGUACUGGUGUUCCAGGUCCACGUCGUCCCGGGCCAAACCGCCCAGAGCCUCCUCCAGCCCAAGACCCUCAUCCUCACCAGCACGGACGUCUUCCUGCUGGACGAGGAUCACAUUAGCUAUCCCCUACCCGAAUUCGCAAAGGAGCCCCCGCAGAGAGAAAAGUACCGCCUUACUGACGCACGCCGGAUUCGUGAUCUGGACCGCGUGCUGAUGGGAUACCAGACUUACCCACAAGCCCUCACGCUGGUGUUCGAUGACGUUCCCGGGCCUGAUCUUCUGUGUCACCUGACCAUGGAUCAUUUCGCGGAGAGCGAAAGGAGGGGGGACAGAACGCAGGGGGGUGCUGAGGGCGAGGUGCAGUGGUGCAUAUUCGUGCCGGGGGCUGACAGCAGGGAACGACUGAUUUCUCUUUUGGCUCGGCAGUGGGAGGCGCUGUGCAGUCGAGAGCUGCCGGUGGAGCUCACGGGCUGAGCCAUAAAAAACUGACUUCUGUAGAACAGUGGUCAUUAAAAAGGACGAUUAUUUACCCAAUGCGGUGAAGAUUUCACUUUUAUAAACUUUUUUUAUAGAUUUGACGCAAUGCAUCCUGGGAAACAAACUGUUGUAGAAUCCACACGAGUUUAAUAUAUAUAUACACAGAUUUUUUUAUGAUAUUUUUCCUCUGGCUUCAGACUAUGCUUUUCGCUGCUUUUCAUUUAUUUAUCUGCUGCUGUGUACAAUCCAACAUUCAUCAUGAAAUACAGUUUCGUGCAACAGUGUUAUAUUUUAAUUUGACAUGAACGCGUGCGGAUUAUAUGUAUGCAAGUCUUUUUUAUUCAUAAAUGCCGUUUUAUUAA